GCUGUCUCUCUGGCCGUCCAAUUCCAGAGAUUAAUCCGGGGUCAUAUAUAUGCUUACCACUUUCUCUCUUGGCCACCUACAUUUUUGUCACAAAGGUCAUUAAGGUGUAGGCUAUAUCCCCUGAGGGCUCUAGUUUGAGCAAGUUUUGAUAUAUGAGUGCUUGACUCUCCUAUCGUUCGGCUGUCUCAAAGGUAGAGCAACCUUGCAAGAUAUCAACCAUGUGUGGUGACACAAUGCCUGGAUCUCUUGACCGACACCUUAAACCUGUUCAUGAAGAAACUUCUGAGGAUGAGCGGAAGACAAGGCUUGGGUCUCUUAAGCAGAAGGCAAUCAAUGCCUCCUCCAAGUUUAGGCAUUCCUUUACUAAGAAGGGACGAAGAAACAGCCGGGUAAUGUCUGUCCCAAUUGAGGACAACAUUGAUGCAGAGGAGUUACAGGCAGUGGACGCAUUUCGCCAAGCACUUAUCUUGGAAGAACUACUGCCCUCAAAACAUGAUGAUCAUCAUAUGAUGCUAAGAUUUUUAAGGGCCAGGAAAUUUGACAUUGAAAAGGCAAAGCAAAUGUGGGCUGAUAUGCUUCUGUGGAGAAAGGAUUUUGGUGCUGACACUAUUAUGGAGGACUUCGAUUUCAAGGAAAUUGAUGAAGUGUUGAAGCACUAUCCCCAAGGACAUCAUGGAGUUGAUAAGGAGGGACGACCUAUCUACAUUGAGAGGCUUGGUCAAGUCGAUUCUACCAAGCUAAUGCAAGUGACAACAAUGGAUCGUUAUGUGAAGUACCACGUCCGGGAGUUCGAGAGGACCUUUGUGUGCAAAUUCCCUGCAUGUUCCAUUGCAGCAAAGAAGCACAUUGAUCAGAGCACUACUAUUCUGGAUGUCCAAGGAGUGGGGUUUAAACAUUUCAACAAGUCUGCAAGGGAACUUAUCCAGACCCUUAAUAAGAUUGAUGGUGACAACUAUCCUGAGACCCUCAACCGUAUGUUCAUCAUCAAUGCUGGUUCUGGAUUUAGGCUUUUAUGGAACACUGUGAAGUCUUUCCUUGAUCCCAAGACCACUGCAAAAAUCAAUGUUCUGGGAAACAAAUACCAGAGCAAGCUGCUUGAAAUAAUUGACGCUAGUGAGCUGCCAGAGUUUUUGGGUGGUACAUGUACUUGUGCUGAUAAGGGUGGUUGUAUGCGUUCUGAUAAGGGUCCAUGGAAUGAUCCAGAUAUAAUUAAGAUGGUUCAUAAUGGUGAAGGAAAAUGCCCAAGGAAGAGUUUGUCAGGAAUUGAGGAGAAGAUAAUCUCUGAAGAUGAGAAUGCAUACUCAAAGAGAUAUGAUUCUCUGAAAUCGAAAACCGUUCAAGAGGUUGACGUGCAUUGCCAAGUGGAGCAUCAAAGACUCUCUCAUGUGCCUAAGGAAGUUCCAGUCGCCAAGAAGGGCAAUCGGGGCUAUGAGCAUGACAACUUCAGACCAAUGGUUGGCAAGACUGUUGAUUCAACUUGGCCUAAAUCAGUUCAUUAUGAUAAAUUUGCCCUUGGUGGAGAUUGCUUCUCUGUGCAUGAUGCUUGCAAGGUUCCUGAAGGACUAACCAAUCAAUUACUUUCUGCAAUCAUGGCCUUUAUUAUGGGUAUUGUCGCCAUAGUUCGAUUGGCACGAAGCAUGCCAAGGAAACUCACUGAGGCUACCCUCUAUGGAAACCCUGUUUACUACAAUGGAAUGGUGGUCAAAGGUCAACCGUUGCCUGCACCUACCAUCUCCAGCAAUGACUACAUGAACAUGAUGAAACGCAUGGCCGAAUUGGAGGAGAAAGUGAAUGCUGUCAGCUCAAAACCCGCGGUCAUGCCACCCGAGAAAGAGGACCUGCUGAAUGUUGCUCUCAACCGAGUCAAUGCCUUGGAACAAGAACUGUCAGCAACCAAGAAGGCACUUGAGGACACCCUUGUUCGACAGGACGAGCUUAUAGCCUUGCUUGAGAAGAAGAAUAAGAAAAAGAAGAAGAGAAGCAAGUUUAACCCCUUCAAAUGGUAAGGUGAUAGCUCCGGUGAUUUGAUUGGAUGCCCUGGAUGAACCACUGAACAUUCAGUGUCAGCUGCUGGUGGCGACGUUUCGAUUGUGAGCCCCACGGAUGCUUUGUCAAAUUGCAUUCCCUCUAUGUUUGCUAGUUUGGUACUGUAAACUUAAAAAGCUUUUGUACAUUAUUGUGCAGUGUGCCUUUCCAUUCACAGUUGUGUAUAUUUUGACUUAAAAUGGGCACCGCUUUAGUUUGACAAAAGAUUUCCAGGGUCCUCCUCUCUAGAGUCUAGCUUAGUUCCAGUUCAAAGUGCAAAGAUAGUUGUUCUAAAAUGAGUAGACACUAGACAGACAAAAGGGUUUAGGGACGAAUUACGAUAAUGAGUAUUUGGAACCAUA